AUGAGGAUCACUCGGGUGGUUCUCGUCUCGCUGCUACUGGCUCUUCUCCUUGCGACCAGUGCGCUGGGAAAGAAGGACGGCGGAAACGGCAACGGUAACGGUAAUGGCGGCGGCAACGGGAAGGGCGGAGGCAAAGGUGGCGGGAAGGGCGGCGAAAAUGGCGGCGGCAACGGGAAGGGUGGAAACGGAGGGGGGUGGAAGGGGCCGAAAUUUCCGGGUGGUGGGAAAGGAAAGGGCAAGAUCGCGGGAGCGGCGUCAGCGACGCUACGCGGAGAGCAGGUGGUGGAUGCUAGCGGGAACUCGAUUGGCGAUAAGGACGCCACAGGGGUCAUCGAUCUCGUGCUCAUCAAGAACGACACCGUCUACGACCUGUACUUCCAAGUCGGCAUCGCGCUGACGGAUUCCGGCGAGCCGACGUCCGUCACCGUCAACGAAGGAGCCGAAGGAACUAACGGAAAUGUGGUCAUGGACUUCACAAGUGAUAUCACAUGGACGGAUACUACCGGGAAAGCCGUGGCGGGCCCUCGUUAUGGCCGCAAGGGCAACGGCUGGGGGUGGGGCGGCCGCGGCAAAGACAACUCCCUCGGCAACUUGUCCUCGUACUACUAUAGGGGCGUGAUUCGCGACGCGUCGUCGCGCACUAAUGACCAGGGCGACACGUACUUAGUGGCCAUGCAAAACCUUCUGGACUCGCCCGGGUCGUACUAUGGGCUCGUUAAGACUGCCGCGUAUGCGGAUGGCGCGGCAAGGGGGCAGUUCAGGAAGGGGCCUAAAGGAUGGGGCGUGUGGCGGAACCGGGGAUUCUGCUUCAACUGUGUCUGA